AUGGAAGCUUCAAAUUUACAGAUAUACUGGCAUGAGUCACAACCUAUUUACAGUCUCUGUUUCCAACCUGAUCCCUCGAAUAAACCGAAACUGAUCACCGGAGGUGGUGAUAACAAAGUUCGAGUUUGGCAUUUGAACUUUGAAGAAACUCAUAAGACCAAAAUAGAAACAAUUGAUUUUCUCUCGUCCUUAAACCAGCAUGAGCAGGCCAUAAAUGCUGUCAGAUUUAACCACAAAGGUGACACCCUCGCUUCAGCUGGAGAUGAUGGUCAGCUACUGCUAUGGAAACAAAGUGACCAGAGACAGACGCAAUUUGGGGAGAGUGACACUGCAUUCGAAGAGUCUUGGACCGUAACAAAAAGAUUCAGAUCUAGUAGCAGUCGUAUUGGCGCAUUUGAGAUUUACGAUAUAGCUUGGUCACCAAACGAUGAUUACAUUGUGACAGGAUCGAUGGACAAUGCGAUAAGAGUAUUUGAGAUUAGUUCAGGCGAGUGCAUUGCCACUGCAUCGGAUCACACCCACUACGUCCAAGGCGUCGUUUGGGAUCCACUCGAUAAGUACAUUUUUUCACAAUCUGCUGAUAGAUCGGUUCAUGUCUACGAAGUUAUACGCAAUCCGUCAGAAAAUGAAAUAGUUGAACUUAAGAUAAAGAAUAAGAUAAUGAAAUCUGAACUGCCCGUUUGCAAAAGGGAGUCUAAGGAUUUUGACUUACAAAGCACGAAGCUGUGUUUUUUAUUCCACAAUGAAACUUUACCGUCCUUCUUCAGACGACCGGCAAUGUCGCCCUGUGGUAGCAUACUGUGUGUUCCCGCAGGUAUUUUCAGGACUGACUCUAGUGCAGAAGGUGCAACCUCUCCAGACGUGAACAAUGCCGUUCAAAUAUACACAAGAUCAUCAAUGAUUAAAAACAUCAAUAAACCAGUCAUGUGCAUCCCAUUCUUAAAAAAACCGGCGAUCGUCGUAUCGUUCAAUCCCAAUCUGUACAAACUGACAAAUGAUUCCAACAGCUAUCUACAGCUUCCCUACAAACUCGUCUUUGCCGUCGCAACCUCUAAUGAGGUUAUCAUAUACGAUACUGAAAGCAUCGAACCUAUAGCAUUGAUCGGCAACCUUCACUACACAACUUUGACAGAUUUGUGCUGGUCUAAGGAUGGUGCGCUACUGAUGAUCUCAUCUACCGAUGGUUUUUGCUCGUACAUAUCCAUUGCGCCCGGCACUCUAGGUGAGAAACUUACUCAUGAGGAAACAGCAAAAGCGAUUGGAGUAAAGCGUAAACAAUACAACAAAGAUUCUUCGAGCGAGCCUGCUCCCUGCGCUGAAGCGUCGCCCUCGCCCUCGCAUCCAAAGCAAGCAGAUAUCGUAAAUAUCCUGCCUGUGAAAAGAAAACUGGGCGAAAAGGAGAAAGAAAUGGAAGAGAGGAAGACUCACAAACCGAGCCCUGAAGAUGAGCGUGUGGCCGGGUCUGAAAAUUCACCGCAGCAGCUAUCGAAGGAAAAACGCGCAGAGUUCAACCAACCUUUAUAG